AUGCUGUAUUCAGCGCCAACAUUAAGAACAGCAGCAGCUAGCUGCCGCAUACAGCCAUCGUUCCUCACAUCAUGUACCUAUCAAACAGCAUCAACUACCCCUCCUCGCACUUCAGAUCCUCAAACCCCAAGCUCGCGACGUCGAGUUCUGGUUCCCAACUAUAAACGCAAUGUCAAAUUCCAAUCCGGUACCUCUUCUACUCGUUCUGCAUCCACAACUACAUCUUCCUCAGCAACCAAAACCUCAAAGUCCAGCGCUGCGCAAACAGAAGUUCUAGAUUGGAAUACAUUCUUCAAGCUCCGUCGAACUCGUCGCUGGUUCCAACUCGGUUCUUCCAUCGGCACGGGAUUUGGUGGUUUCGCAAUUGGUGCGCAGAUUCUUACACAUACGGAUAUGGAUGCACUGGUGGGACAAAUUCCAUUGGAUCCAUUCAUUACAUUGGGAUUAGUAACAUUCGCAUGUGGAGGAGCUGGAUGGUUGACCGGACCAAUUUUGGGGACUGCGGCGUUCAAUGUGAAGAACAGGAAAUUUAGACAGCAGAUGGAUAUUAAGGAGAAGGAGUUUUAUGCGAGGGUUAAGAAGUAUAGGGUGGAUCCUAGUGCGAGUUCAAUGGCGAAUCCUGUGCCUGAUUAUUACGGCGAGAAAAUCUCAAGUGUAGCCGGUUACAGGCAAUGGUUGAAGGAUCAAAGAGCUUUCAACAGGAAACGACAAACAUACGUGUAA